AUGGUUGUCCCUGCGCCACUUCUCAGCUUGUACCAGCAGUACAAGCAGGACACCAAUUUUGUUGCUGCAUGGCUAGCUACCACAGCCAAGUCAUGCGGCUACCCAUCCGACCUCCUCUCUGAGAUCCAGGCCAAAGAAGAGUCGUCCAAACCAGCCAAGAACAAGGCCAAAGGCGGUAAAGGGAAGAAGAAAAAGAAGCAGACCGAUCAAACCCCGAAGAAGUACACUGUUGCCGUCAAGGAGUUUAUUCCUCUUGCCCAGUACAUCUCAACAGCGAAACACAAAUCCUCCAAUGUUCCCGACAUUCUCGUCUCCGCCCUGAACAGGGUCAUUGACCUCCGCACGAGGUUCAGCGCCAAACUCACCCAAGACGGAGCCAAGCCGGCUACUGCCAGCGACUUGAAGCACAGCUACUUCCUCGGCAUCCUCAUUCAAGCUCGCGAUGUAUUGAGGCCGCGCAUGACCGCGGCUGGAUCGCAAGCUAGUCACAAUAGAUUGGACAGUCUCGCCAACAGAUCCGCCGGCUUGUCUCUCUUCGAGCCAAGCCAAAGCUUUCUCGACGCCCCGGACAUCGAGCUACCGGCACGUGAUGACGGAGCUCUUUAUGAGGCAGACAUGGGCACAUCACCGGAAGAUUCAAUCUUCUUCUUCCAAAUGCUAUGGAAGGAUCUGCUUGAUCUCCGCAUACGCAUCAGAGUCUCCUGGCGCCGACACAUGCAAGGCCACGACAUGGCUGCCGCUGCAGUUUCUGCCAACACUGCAUUGGACUUGGCACGCCAUGUGAUCGAUCAGUACAUCCCAGCUUUUGAGGGCGUUGAAGGCGGCAUUUAUGCCGUCAUGAAGGAGCACGCCACCCUGAUGCACUAUCGUGUGAAGGCGAAUCCCACUGUCCCUUACUUUGGUCUUUUGAAGCCCGGCCAGCCCCAAGAAUCUAUCAGCGACGACCAAAUCAUGUACGGAGCUGGCUUGUGGAGCUUCGCGAAUGCUUACAAUAUGCUGGCUGAACUUCUACCUUCUAUCGCACCCCCAGGGCCGCCAUUCCCAUUCAUCCCCAGGGACCCGGCUCACGAGCUCGGAAUGGAAUACCGCGACUACGCCGAAACGUUCGCCAUACUGAAGCCCCUCUUUGAGGAUCUUAGGGUCGUUAUUGAAUCUGUUCCAAACUGGCCUGUAGAAGACACACUCUUGCGUGGCGUCAGAGAAGCUGUCGAGACUCGCCAGGUGCCUUUCUAUCUCGUUUUCGCAACGGCCAUUAUUUCGGACAUGCACAACUUCUUCAGCCAAGGCGAGCACCUCAACGUCGACAACCACAUCAUUGACAAGUUCAUCGAAACAAUAGGAGCAGUGCGAGGGAUAGUCGCAGAUUACUACGCUGCUAUCAGAGAGGCGGAGUCGUUGGAGGAGAUGGAGCCGUACGAUGCACGUAUCAGAGAGAUGGAUCGGGAGAUCAAGUGGCUGUUGGACGAGGACCCCGUCUGGCAGGCCAAGAUCAAGAAAUUCCCCAGGCGCGAGAGGGGGCAGGCCAAAAGGGAGCUGGAGAAACAUCGUCUGUUCAAGUACAACGCCAUGAUGUGCGGUCUGGCACUGUACAGGUAUCGCAUGAUUCUUUACAAGACCGGAAUUGCCAUCGCCAAUGUUUCGCGGUCCAUCGUCUGCGCGAUUCAUCUCUGGGACGCAAUAGGCAGUGAGGUAGGCGGUGCGGUGGACUUUCUUGCAAGCGAGUGGGUGGACUCCCGCUUGUUAGGCAUGAUUACGGAGGAUCAGGCGGAAGACUUUUUUCUGGAUGGCGAAGGCGCCGACUACAACCCUGGCUAUAUGAGGAACAUUGCCCCGCACCUGGGAUUCUCAAUUCACAACUUCGUCGACGAAGCAAAGAGCCAGGCUCCUCGAUGGCAAAAAGGGCAAGAUCACUGA